CUCUCCUGCUGUGGUUGACUCUCCUGGUUGUUUCUAGAGAUCAGAGCUGGAUGGGUGAGCAGCAUGGCUCCUCCCAUUCUGCUCACAUGGAUGUAACUGGUUGUUCACUGAGCUGUAAUGGCUGCCUGGCUGUCACGGAGAGCACUGUCUGGGAACUCCAGCUGUCGGUUGCCGCUAUACCUCCGUUCUGAAGGCCAUGUCUGCUCCAGAGGGGUGGGAAGGACUUUCUCUGCCCUGCAAGACAAGCUGCAGACGGUGGAGGACCUUCCUCGCGUCAGCUCCUUGGAGAUGAUUUACAGGUUCAUAUUCCAGGGUUACUACUAUGGUCUCCAUGAGUUACAGAUCUAUGAGAAGAAGCUGUAUGGACCCAUUUACAAAAAUGGACGUAAGGCGGUGUCUCUGACCACCCCUAAGCUGCUGGAGGAACUCAUGAGGAAGGAUGAGAGGUUUCCCUCCAGAGGAGACAUGUCUCUGUGGACGGAGUACCGCGAGCUGAGAGGAUUAGGUUACGGGCCCUUCACAGAGGAAGGGGAGCGCUGGUACAACAUGAGGGUGGUUCUCAACAAGCGGAUGCUCCAUCCCAGGGAUUCUGCUCAGUACUCUGGGGUGAUCAAUGAGGUGGUUACAGACUUCAUAAAAGGCAUCAAACAACUGCGUCAAGCCAGCCCAACAGGAGAUCUUGUUCCCGACAUUUCCAAUAGGUUUUACCUGUUUUCCCUGGAAGGUAUUGCCUCCAUACUGUUUGAGACGAGGCUCGGUUGUCUGAGAAAUGAGAUUCCAGCUGGUACUGAAGAAUUCAUUAACUCCAUCGCUCAGAUGUUCUCCAACUCCAUUCCUGUGGCAAUAUUUCCAAAGUGGAGCCGCAAUCUGCUUCCUUACUGGGGGCGCUACAUCGCCAGCUGGGAUGGUAUCUUCAGCUUUAGUAAAAUUUUGAUCGACAAGAAGAUGGAGGAGAUUCAGCAACGAGUGGAAAACAACCAGACUGUGGAGGGUGAAUAUCUAACAUACCUCCUGUCAAACACCAAGAUGAGCACUGAAGAUGUCUACGCCAGCGUCACGGAGCUUCUCUUAGCCGGAGUGGACACGACCUCCAACACCCUCACAUGGACUUUGUACCAGUUGUCCAAAAACCCAGAAAUCCAGGACAGGCUUUAUGAAGAAGUGUCCACACUGGUCCCAGCAGACCGAAUCCCCACUGCUGCAGAGGUCACUGGGAUGCCGUUUUUACGAGCUGUGAUCAAGGAAACUCUUAGGAUGUACCCUGUGGUUUCUAUAAAUUCAAGAAUCAUAACUGAACAGCCUGUUUCUCUUGGUGGAUAUCGGUUUCCAAAGAAAACUGUUUUCACACUCUGUCACUAUGCCAUUAGUCAUGAUGAGAACACAUUCCCAGAACCGUUCAGAUUCAAGCCGGAGAGAUGGCUCCGUGACGGCCGGCAGAGGCCAAACCCGUUUGGUUCUAUCCCGUUUGGCUACGGAGUUCGAGGCUGCGUUGGUCGCAGGAUUGCAGAGCUCGAGAUGUAUUUAGUUCUGUUUCGGCUUAUUCGGGAGUUUGAAAUCAAAGCCAGCCCUAACAUGGACGAGCUAAAGAUCGUCAGUCGGGCUGUUUUGGUUCCUGACAAGCAACUGGACCUGCAUUUUGUGGACCGAUGAUGAAGAAUCACAGUUUGAUUCUCUGAACAGUUUGGUUAACCGGUGUCACAAGGAGCUGUUUUGGUUUUGUUUUUGUAUCAAAGUGUCUGCAGUUGAGUGAAAAUGAGGCCAGUGAAACAAGCUAAAGGCUAACUGUCAUAAAUGGACCACUGAUCAUAACAGAGACCUUAGAUCAGAAUACCUCCAUACCUUGUAUGCAUUUCCAUCCUUCAUUGAAGCGCUUUCUGCUGCGCCUAUAUGCUAAAGUCAAAGCCAGCUGCUGCUCCUCAGAGUAUUGAUGCUAACAGGGCAGACCUUCCACCAUCCAGGGAGACUCUGACAUUAGAGCAGAUGUAGAGAAGCAGUCCAUAAAACGUAUGACUUCUCUCCCUUCCUUUAAACUAGUCCUGAAGAUAAAGAACGUCUCUUUAUUCUCAUUUAUUAUGGACUUUAUCCUUUUUGCUAAAUUUGCAUGUUUGAAGUACAUGAUUUAUAUAGAGAGUUAUGUCUAUAUGUUUAGGUCUGUAUAAUUUAUUUCUUUUCAGCUGUGCAACACUGUUAGAAUUAUGAUUAUUGAUUAAUUAAUCUUUAUCAAUAAUUAUAAUUAAAAAUCAUAAUUUGACAAAAUUAAUUUCUUAACCAAAAUCCUC